CCUUUCGCAUUAAGGAAAGCCGCAGCGACUGCACGCCAUCAAAACUUUAAAAAACUCUAGAAUUUUGAAUCAUUCUGCCGCUUGAAUCCUGCACUAACUUUUCCAAUCACCAUCCGCGUAUCUCUGCUUCGUUCCCCAUCUUCUUCCUUCUUUCCACCUAACCAUUUUUACUUUCUCAGCAGGUUUUCUUUUCCAUCUUGCUUCCCACAAACAUCUCCCCCAACCUGAUCGACGACAUGCCUCAACGCAUCCUAAUCAUCGUCUUUCCAGUCCUAACCCACCUCAUCCUUCACUCCUCAUCGGCCUCUGCAGUCAUCGAUCCUUACUACCUCAACUGCUCCCGUCCUUACCGGUGCAGCGGAACAAACAUCAACGUCUCCUUCCCGUUCCGCCUCCCUAGCAGCCCUAGCUACUGCGGCAUCCCGGGUUAUGAACUCCACUGCAGCGAUGAGGAAUCCGAGCUUAGCAUCAAUCUCGCCGGAGUCGAUUACAGGGUCAGGGAGAUCAACUACACACAGGGUUUCAUCACGCUGGUUGAGUCCGAUUUUCUGGGCAAUCCUUGCCCGCAUACCUUUACGAACACCAGCAUCAAUUCUACGCUAUUCGCUUUCGCCGAUCUCGAUCUCAACUUGACGGUCUAUAUCAACUGCAGUAUUCCGAUUCCUGGCUUGGCGGAGAUAUUGUGCUUUAACGAUCUCAUUUGGCCGCGGUCGUAUUAUAAGUUGGACACGGGGCCGCCAUCGUUUCUGUUGGAUUUGUUGGGUGUAUGUCAAUUGAAAGCGGCAGUGCCGGUGAAUCAAGUGGCGGCUGCGUCGUUGAAUAGUAGCAAGGCGAAGUUUGGGGAGGCGUUGCAGAAGGGUUUUGGAUUGAAGUGGAGU